AGUCUGCAAAACUAGCGCGGUCGUAGCAUACGCGUCGCCAUAUUUAAAAAAAGUCGCUUGGCGCCAAACAAAUUUCGUUCUGAAUUGAAAUCAUCCAAUAGAUUGUUUUUUUUUUUUAAUUAAACACACGUGCGUGUUCUCACUGAUUGAAUCGAUUUAUUAAUUUAAAAAUAAUAACACAGCUUACAUACACAUACUACGUUUCUCUUAUUUUUACAUGUAAUUAAAUUUCAAUAUUGUUAGUGAAUUUUGAAGGUCGGUUUUAAAAAUGUAUUUUUUAUCUCUAUUUAAAAUACAGACACGAGCCCGCAUUUGUGAUGUAUGUAUAUUAAAACUUUUUAAUGUCACGUUAUCGAGUCUUGUCUGCUAACUACGUUCAAAAAUCGAUACGAUAUUUGUAAUGAAAAACUUUUACGUGUUCAAUGAGAAUGUGUUGUUGUACUAAAAAUGGCGCUGAAAAAUUUGCAAUUGUUACGACCUGCCAAUUCGAGUAUGGUUCAUCAUCAGCGGCAGACGAAGCCGAUGCGAGCCACACCAUCUGCUCUAUCAAAGAGCAUCUCGAAAUCAGCUGAAGCUCUGGCCGGAGCGAAAAUUGGUAAAGAGCUAAGUUCCCGCAAGACUAGAAGCACGGAGCAACCGAAUCAAGGGCCAGUGAGAGGCAGUAGUGUGGUGAACCUGCCCUCACUCGGCACGUGGCGUGGGAAGGACGACGACAGCUACCGUAGCAGAUCCAGAAAUGGCAGUGGUAGCAGUAGAGCCGCCAGCCUCGAUAGAAGUACAAGAGGAUCCAGUUCAACUGUCAACUCCGAUGAAGAUAAUAUCAAUGUCGUUGUCAGAGUACGUCCGGUCAAUGAGGCGGAGCGGUCUCGCGGCGAGCCCGUGAUGCUGGAGUUCCCCGGCAAGGGACAGAUCAUAUGCAACGGCACCACACCGAACAAACAGCCUAAGGUUUUCUCGUACAACGUUGUGUUUGAGCCGGCUGCUACCCAAGAAGACGUUCUAGAAUAUUCCGGAGUGAAAAGACUAUUGGAGAUGGCGGUUGAAGGGUUCUCGUGCACGGCCUUCUGUUACGGCCAGACGGGAAGCGGCAAGACUCACACUCUCACUGGACGUCCGGGCCUUAUGGAGAAGGGAGCCGGGCCGUACUGCGAAGGUCACGGCUUAGUCGUCCGCUCGUUCGUCUAUCUGUUCCGAUUGCUACGUAACCGACCGGAGUGCCACUUCGUAUUAAAAGCAUCUUUCCUGGAAAUCUAUAAUGAAAAGGUCAUCGACCUGCUAAACCCAGGCACUGCUAGGAAACCAUUACAAGUGCGAUGGUCGAAGGAAAGCAGGAGCUUCUACGUGGAAAACCAGUUCACUGUUGAUUGCGAGGAGCUUGACGACUUGUUCGCUGUUUUAGAAGAAGGUAUGAGGAACCGCGCCGUCGGCUCGCACGCAAUGAACGCUAACUCAUCGCGGUCGCACACGUUGUUGUGCGUGCGCGUUCGAAGGGAUCUCAGGACAGACGGUGACGUCACCUGCUCCACACACGGCAAGAUCAACUUCGUCGAUCUGGCCGGCAGCGAAAUGACGAAACGCACUCACAGUACCGGAAAGACUUUGGAAGAGGCCAAUAAUAUUAAUAGGAGUCUCAUGGUGUUAGGUUAUUGCAUAGCGCAACUGAGUGAUGGUAAAAAAAGAGGUCAUAUACCAUACAGGGAUAGCAAGCUGACGAAGUUGUUGGCUGACAGCUUAGCCGGCAAUGGGGUUACGUUAAUGAUAGCGUGCAUUGCACCGACGCGGUCGAACUUGAACGAGACGAUUAACACGCUGCGGUACGCCGCCCGAGCCAAGAAGAUCAAAUCUAAGCCCAUCGUCAAAAUGGAUGCUCGUGACGCAUUAAUAUUGAGUUUGAAACGAGAAGUGGAGGCGCUGCAAGCCGAGAACGCGCAUCUGAAGACAGCGCUACACGUACAGACCGACAGCUAUACUUACAGUCACAGGAACAGAACACCAAGCGAUAUAGAGCCGAAUAAACUGUACAAGCUGCCUCAAGCCGAGCUGGUAGAUCUGGUGCAGCUUCAUAUGGAGGAGAACACCGCGUUGAGGACGGAAAAUUCUGAGCUGUUCGGCGUCAGAGACCAGCUGCUCAGGGACCAGGAGAUCCUGAGCAGGGAGAACGAGAGGCUGCUGAAGAAACUGGAGGACGUUAACACAGUGUGCGUUCGUUCUCCGAUUAUACCAGCAAGAACGACGUACUCCAGUUCUGAGACAAACAUCUGGACGAACCCGGCGACUUCCUCGGCCAACAGUGUUGCCAGCGGAGGCAGCUAAGUGCUCCCAGACGCGCACGGUGUUGCGUUGGAAAAAAAUGUUUUCAAAUACGAAGAAGUAUUUUACUCUUUUUGGGUAAUCUCUCUGUCUUACACAUCCGAAAUCUCCGUGCGGGGACCAUGAUAGUUUUGGAAUUAAUCAAAACCCUUUUCAUUAUCUAAAUCUAUGUUGUUAAAUACACAUUAAUUUGUAAAACCUACAAUCCGUGUUUUUCAAAUAUCUAUCGGUUGAAGAAAAAUCUGUUUCACAUAAAGUGAUUGCCAUUAGAAAUAUGUACUUAUGUUAUAUAAGCUAAUUUUGCUGAAAUGUUGUAAUUGAACAAUCAAACAUUUAUAAAAUAAGAAUCUAAAAAGAGAAUUUCAUUAAAACGAUUAUUCAUACAGUACGUUUACAAAACAUUCAAGAUUAACCUAUCCUGUUAUUAUACGCAAAAUUACAAAGGGGAUUUGAAUAGAAUUUUGUACAUAGUGCGAGUACGUUUCGAGUGUGCAUAGUGCGAGUUUUUUAACGUUCUCGAUUGCGUAAAAGUUAACUCAAAUUUGUAUGGAGUUGGAACAGCGCCCCUAGCGGCAAACGUAGGCAGACUUUUUAACUCCAUACAAAUUUGAAUUAACUUUUACGCUAUCGAGGACGUUAAAAAACUCGCACUAAGCUCACAGGGAUCUUCUCUUUUACGUACCAAUCGGCAUUGAAAUGAGCUCCCCUGUACGGUGUUUCCCGAGUACUACGCUACGACUUCUUCAUUGAGGCUUAUGGAGAGAACUCAAGAGUAGGCAGCGGCUGCGCCCCUGACAUUACUAACGUCCAUGAACGAUGGUGACCACUUAUCGUCAGGAUACGUUUAUCGUGAUUAAGGACAGAAACCCAUCAUGGUCCGAUUUAUCAUCUGCUGUGCUAUCAUAAAUGAGGCCGUCAGCGCAAAGCGGUCUAAGCAUAGUUAGUAUGGAGCAAUGAGCUUUAAGUUUUCAUAUAUUUGAAUUUGAGUAGGCAAAAAAACAAUACGCGCAAAAAUAAUUUUUAUGAAGUCAUCUCUUAUCAAUGGGUGAAACUAUGGAUAGGCCGGUUUUGCAUCAAAAUUUGUUAUAUUUUAAAUAAAUUGCAAUAUACUUAAUAUAAGCAUGAUUAUGAAAAAUUGUGGUUUAGGCCACUUUUACGCUGACGGCCUUAAAAAUAUGAGUGUGUUCGCUGAUUUUUCAUUUUACGUAGGUACUAACUAUAUCAGCUACUUUCUAAUAUGGAAAAUGAGACUUAUGUGAUUGUUUCUAACAAAUUUAAUGGCCUCGCAACUAUGAGGCACGACUAUUAUUAACCCUUUUAGUGUUGAGCUUAUUUUCACAUAUUGCAAAAAUUUAUAAAAUAAAUUUGAAAAAAAGUACCAUAAAAAAUCAUAAGUAAAAAAAAUAAUACAUAAAUCAAUGAUAAAUUCACAGUAAAGUAUUUUUAAAUUGUUAUUUAUAAAUGUUAUUGACUUAUUAAAAACUUUUUACAUGGACGCUCUAAGAUACGUCCGCAAUAGGUACAUACCUAAUAUCUAUAAUCAAACUGCGCAAUAGUCGGUAUUCCGACGCUCCGCAAUUUUUACGCAUUAAUAGAGAGUCGAUCUAUCGACGGCGUAUACUCGAAAGGGUUAAAUAAUAUUUCUAAAAUUUCACAAGGUAAUGAUCACGACACCUGAAGUCAGAUUUGGAUAGUCGUUGUGAAUUAGUUCAUGAUCUAGUUAGCUAGUCUUUUAAUUUGGCCCCUAAAUAACAUAGAGGUUGUUUUUGUUCUGUUUAAGGCUAUUUUGAUUAAUCUGACCAGUAGCCAUUUCUCUAUUGAUGUUUCUAAUAUGAGAUGGCAGAAAUUAGAAGAGAUGAAUUAUUACUUUUCAUCUUUAUUGUAUAUUAAUUGUUAUGUAAUAUGGUGUCAAAGCACUGACCUGGAAAGUGUCUGGUAAAAGGAAGAGAGGCCGCCCCAGAACAACUUGGCGUCGCUCGGUGGAGCAGGAGCUAGGGGUCUUGGGCAUGACGUGGGAGGAGCUAGAACAGACUGCCCAAGACCGAUACAAAUGGAAAAAUUUGAUUCGAGCCCUACACCCCAGCAGAGGGUAAUAGGAAAGCAUGAUGAUGAUGAAUAUGGUGUCUGUAAAACAAUGUCUAUAUUUAUAAAACAGUAAGCCAUAUCUGUUUCGGUUAGUUUCAAAUAAAGCUUUGAAUUUAACAAAAAAUGUCGUAAGUUUUAUUUUUGUAAUUGGUGGCUUAGAUUUACGUUUGAGUGAAAUAAAAACCAGUUUAGAUUUCCAA